UUAUCCACCUCUGUGGAAGCGCGAGCUCGUCUCCUGCAUGCCUGUCAGUGCGCGCGGACGGCUCCAGAGCGAACGAGACGCUCGUGAGUUCGAAAUUCCAAAAAUAACGGACUUAUAACUUAGAGUGACGUUUUUUAACGGACUCUGCUGACCAACAGCAAAUCUGCCUGGUUUCCAGAUCCCUCUAACAGAUCACUUUCAGCUUCUUAUAAAACACCCUGCUGAGUGUAGAACAAGUAAAGAUUCUGAUGAGACCAGAUGCAGACAUGAGUCCUCUGUCCAACGAAGAAAAAAACGAGACCCAUGAAGGUGGAGUUGACGGUGCUGACCACAGGCAUCCACAGGAGCCACCCUCUUGCAAGUACAGCAGCGUCGACACCAGACCUGAGGGCACUUCUUUGGGAAGUCAGGGGGUCAAAGUUGAGUUUGGUAGUGGAGCUCCUGUUAGGGGUAACUUUAGGAUUUCAGUCAGUUCUGUAAAUUGGAACCAGGAUGGGGUUGGGGUUAAGGCUGGGGCUGUAGAUGAAGUCAAAGUUGGGACAGUGACCAGAAACUGCAGUGGGGUCAGGGCUGCAGACGGGAUUGGAAACAGUUCUAGAGCCAGGAAUGGGGCUGGGAUGGACCUCUGGUUUGAAGCUGGGGCUGAAGCCAGGAACAACGCAGCAGUUAGAGUUGGAGAUAGACUCGGGGCAGGGGCUGGGGUCCUACCCUGUGGCCGUCCCUGGAGCGCCCACCCUAGAUCCAAAGACCGGAGGUACCACAGCAGCCACCGGUUGAUGCUGCACUACAUCAUCCCCUGCAUGAACUCAUACGGCAUGUGCAUCAUCGACGACUUUCUUGGGAGCAAAAUUGGGGACCAGAUUCUGCAGGAGGUUCGUGAACUCCACAGCGCUGGGAAGAUGCGGGAUGGCGAGCUGGCCAGCAGGGGGCUAGAACACUCCAAGAGUAUUCGCGGGGACCAGAUUGUCUGGGUGGAAGGAAAGGAACCGGGCUGCGAGAACAUUGGAUACCUGCUGUCGAGGAUGGACAGACUGAUCACCUACGCAGACGGGAAGCUGGGAAAGCACAAGAUCAGAGGCAGAAACAGCAAAGCCAUGGUGGCGUGUUACCCUGGAAACGGGGCAGGUUACGUGAAACAUGUGGACAACCCGAACUGCGACGGCCGCUGCAUCACCUGCAUCUACUACCUCAACAAGAACUGGGACGCCAAGGAGCAUGGCGGCGUUCUCAGGAUCUUUCCGGAAGGGGAGCCCUACGUGGCUGACAUCAAGCCACUGUUCGACAGGUUGCUCUUCUUCUGGUCCGACCGCAGGAACCCACAUGAGGUGCAGCCCUCCUACUCCACCAGAUAUGCUAUCACAGUUUGGUAUUUUGACUCUGAGGAGCGAGCCGAGGCUAAGAGACGCUUCAGAGACCGGACAGCUCAGCAGCAGGGCAGCAGCUCCAGCUGAUCAUGAGAAAACAUUGCCACCUGGUGUUGGACACCCUGACCUGCAGGAGAGGACGGUAGGAGUCCUCCUGACUCUCAAAGCUUCUGGAAAAGCUUUAAAAAAAAAGGCAAAAAAAAAAAUUCUUUCUGGACUCUGGACGAAUCGCUCCGGCCAGUGUUGGGGCUGGAAAGAACGACCUGCCUUCUGCGAGCGCUGCUGUAACCUGACCGAUGAUGCGUUCAGGUGACCUGCCGUUGCUCUGGACUUUUCCUGCUUUACAUCACAUUUGUGCAAUACUCUCUUCUGAUUUUCACUGAGAGCCCUACUGAGACGAAGGAAGACAGCGGACUGCUCCUUUUUUAACGCUUCGCCUUCAGCACGCUUCAGACUAGAGAAGGAGGAGAGACAGAAAACAGUGUUUGAGGUUUACAUUGGAGACAUGAUGCUUACAAACCUGUCAGAAAGCUUUCAUACUUUCAUAUGUUCUUUGUAAGACAUGCAGGAAUGUUGCGUGUUUAGUUCUGGAGGAAAAUGAUGGAACUGUUUACUAGUAGAUGAUGUCUAAAUUUCCACCAACCAAUGUGGGCUGGAACUCAUAACGAUGUUGAAGAUUAAAAAAAAGUUAAAACUGAA